AAAAAUCACAAAAGCCGAAUGGAACACAUGUAUUUAUUGUUUGUGACAUAUUUUUUAUGCUCAAUUUCAUAUACAUCGACUUCAGACAUAACGAUUUGUACGGAUUCAAAUGGAACACAAAGUUGUUGUCAUGACUACAAGAAUAUUUCAGGAAAGUGCACGGCUUGCAUUGGUUCUUAUGGAAAGGGUUGUUCAAAUCCGUGUACAUACGGGUACUACGGACAUGGAUGUCGUGGUCGGUGUGACUGCAGUGAAAAUCAGAUAUGUGAUAAAAGAAGAGGUUGUUUGGUUUUGCAAAAUGAUUAUUUGAAAAAUAUAACUAAAAGUGAUUAUAAGAGAUCAGAGGGAAGCAGUCACAGUCUACAAUCCAUGAUAAUAAUUAUUUGCGGUGUUCUUGCUCUUGUCUCCAUCGUUUUGGGAAUGGUAUGCUACCUUAGAAGUAAAUUGACGGAGAAUGGAUCUAAUACCAAUACUGAUGAUACGGACACUUCACCUUCAGGAAAUGCAUGCUCGAUACAGCAGGAACAAGGCGAAUAUAUUUAUAAUGAUGUACGCGAAUCACGGAUGAUUGAAAAUACGAGAAUGAUUCGACCAGAAAAUGUCAGUAUGCAGAACAGGUCAAAGAUGAUGAGAACAUGCACAAGUGUACCAAAACCGCGUAGAGAAAAUGUCCAAGAAUCAACUUCGUCUUGCUCUUUCGACCUGGGGAAUUAUGGAGGAUGCAGCGAUACCUACUCUCGACUACAUCUUAUAAAUAUGCGAACAAGUACUCUGCCUCCUAAGACUUCUGUCAAUAUGAAUGAUUAUGCUUUAAUGGAAAAGGAAAAUUUUAAAGAAGAUGAAUAUGCUAACCAGGCAAAAAAGAAAAAUCCCACCAUAGCAAGAUCUGGGGUCAACCAGUCAAGGAUUUAUCGACCGUACAGUUCUGUGAAAUACCAUCGUAAUGUUGAUCAAGAGUAGAUGAUUUUAAUUAAAUUCUAUAUCUAGAGUUUAAACAUUUAAAUGAAUUAUUCAGUAUCCAAAAACCUAUGUUUAUAUAUGAGAACUAUUGUCUUAAAUAAAUAA